UUCAUGAAUUAAGCGAAGCAUAGUCAAAAGUUGGGUUGGGUGUAUGUAGAUUGUAGAGUGCUAGUUUUUUUAUGAACAACAAUUGAAAUGAUAAAGAAAAGAAAAGAAAUGAAUAAAUUAUUAAUGGUAAUCAGUGUUGUGGUGACUUUAAUUGCGUUGUUCAUCGCUUCCAGAUUUCCAGUUAGUCCUAAACAGAGAUUGUUCAGUUCAGAAGAAAUUGCUCUAUACAACGGAAGUGAUGAUAGCUUACCCAUUCUUUUAGGAAUACUUGGGUCUGUGUUUGAUGUAAGUAAAGGAAAAUCUCAUUAUGGAGGUGGAGGGGGUUACAAUCAUUUUGCUGGAAGAGAUGCUUCCCGCGCAUUUGUUUCAGGAAACUUUACGGGAGAUGGACUCUCGGAUUCUUUGCAAGGCUUGUCAAGCACGGAGGUAAAGAGUGUUGUUGAAUGGCGGGAAUUCUACUUCAAAAGCUAUACGUAUGCUGGUAAACUAGUUGGCCGUUACUAUGAUAUGCAAGGAAAUCCUACAAAAUCAUUGAAAGGGGUUGAAGCAAAGGCAGCAAGAGGAGCACAACUUUUGGAGAAACAAAAAAGUGAAGAAGCCAAACUGCCCAGCUGCAAUUCAAAGUGGAGUCAGGACGAGGGUGGAGAGGUUUGGUGCGAGACUGGCUUCCCAAGGUUAAUUCAGAGGCCUCUAGAAAUUGCGUUGACUGGGAAGAUGAGUAAACGUUGCGCUUGCUUUACAAAAGAUGAACUAAGCCAAACAGGGUUAGAAGUGUAUGAAGGAUGUGAUUUUCUUGCCAAGACUUGCCGAGUAUGACCAGAGCCGUUGCUGAAUGUAGUUUAAGUUGAAUAACCUAAAUUGUCUUGCCAACUAGUCCUUAGUUAAUACAAGGUGAAAAAGAAUUGCUCAGAGGAAAGCAGAGCAGAGAAGCUGGUGGAUACAGGUCGGGUCGUCCUUAAUUUUAGUUCAAAUUUAUCGUUAUUGCCAUUUCCACUCUAAUUAUGCGUACUACUUCAUUAAUUUACUAAUUGGAACAAUCAUGUCCUCUAGGAACAAAGUUGCUCUGUAAAUAGGAGAUCUAUUGGUUGGAUUUACUUGGAAAGAAAAAUUGAUAGUUUACAUUA